AUGCCUGUAUCGGAUCCGCGCGGAGAUGCAGGCCGCUGGGCCAACGUCAGCUACCGGGUGCGCCAGCCGAGUGCUCCAGAGCCGGCGCCCAGAAGGAAGAAAUACUGGUUCCACAAAUUUUGCCGUUGCUGUGCGGGCCACCGGGAUGACACCGAUUGGACACCAGCGCCCGGCGAGGUCCCGGGAGCCCGGCGGACGGAUCCCGUCAUCCGGGAGGGCAUGCUGGUCAUCCAAAAGAUUGAUUUAAUGAGCGGCCGUACGGGCAGCAACCGGCGCGCCCACCACACCGACGAAUACGAGUACGACAACCUCAUCAUCCGCCGCGGGCAGCCCUUCGAGAUGAAGCUUCAUUUCCAGCAGCCGUACGAUUCCGAGGACCACCGGGUCUGCCUCGAGUUCCUGGUCGGCUCCAGCCCGCAAGCCUCAAAGGGCACCCACAUCCUAGUACCCGUCGGUGGCUCCUUGCCCAGCCCAGCCUGGUCGGCGGAAAUGAUCAGCUCGGACGACAACACCAUGAGUAUCCGAGUCUGCCCCUCGCCCAGAGCGGUGAUCGGCAAGUACCAGUUCAGCGUGAAGACCCGAAGCAAGGCGGGCGAGUAUGCUGCCCCCUUCGACCCCAAAAACGAGGUGUACAUCCUCUUCAACCCCUGGUGCCCAGAAAUCCGAACCUCACCCACUCUCAUGGCCUUCAGAAAAGCUGUCAAGACCUUGCUUUUCCUGCAGGCCUAG